GGUUUAUUGAUCUAUAGAAAUAUAGAAACAUUUCAAAAGUAAAGUUUCGAUUUUUUGAACAGGAGCAGAUUACAGACACAGAGAGCGAGAGAGAUGAAGCAGCCGAUGAUGCCGAAUCCAAUGAUGUCUUCUUCGUUUCCUCCUACAAACAUCACCACCGAUCAGAUCCAAAAGUUCCUUGAUGAAAACAAGCAACUAAUUAUAGCAAUAAUGAACAACCAAAAUCUUGGAAAGCUUGCUGAAUGUGCCCAGUACCAAGCUCUACUCCAAAAAAAUUUGAUGUAUCUAGCAGCCAUUGCAGAUGCUCAACCACCUACACCUACACCAACACCAAAUAUCUCAUCUCAGAUGGGCCCGGUUCCACAUCCAGGGAUGCCACAGCAAGGUGGAUUUUACAUGGCGCAGCAGCACCCUCAGGCGGCUGUAAUGGCGGCUCAGCCACCUUCUGGUUUUCCACAACCGAUGCCUGGUAUGCAAUUUAACAGCCCACAGGCUAUUCAAGGGCAGAUGGGCGGGAGGUCCGGUGGGCCGCCAAGCUCAGCCGCUAGUGAUGUCUGGAGAGGAAGCAUGCAAGAUGGUGGUGGUGGUGCUGCUGCUGCUGAUGGUGGUAAGGAUGGUCAUGCUGGCGGUGGACCUGAGGAAGCAAAGUAAAAAAAAAAAAACAAAGUUGAGUUGUGUUAGUGUGUGUUGUUGUGGAUAGUAGGUUGGUCUGUUUACGGUAGAACUAGAACCUUAAUUUGUGACAUGUAGUCAAGUUCAUGAGCAUAUUGAACUUUCUUUUUUAUUAAAUAGUGUUUGGGUAA